AUGGCUUUAACGGCGGAGAAACUCAUCAACGACGAAAGGUUUUGUGGUGAUAAUCCUGUCCAGUUUCUGUUAUAUCUGCCAUUUGGUUUGAUUUUAAUGGUAUUGCGAAUCAUUUUGGCUUGUAUACUGUGGAUAGCUUCCUUCAUUUUGCCAGACAAGUCUGCGUCCAGGCAAUUUAUUUCAACAUUAGCAUGUAUUACAUUCGGUGUUUACAUCAAGGUAAAAGGCAAACGGGAUCCAAAAUGUAGUGUCCUCGUGGCAAACUAUGUUUCUUGUUUAGAUUCACUGGCUGCAAGUAGAGCACUUGGUAGUAUAACACUAAGAAAAUGGAAAGUGCCACCAUUUUUUGCCUCAACACUUGGCAUAAAGAACAUUGCUCAAUUUGUUAGAAAGCAACAUUUUGCUGAGAGUCCAGAGAAGCCAGUGCUGUUGCAGCCUGAAGGUGGACCCACUAAUGGAAAAGGACUCUUAAAGUUCACCGAUUGGUCUAUUCCCCUGACAAACACUGUCCAGCCGAUUGCUAUCAGUGUAGAGCGUCCCUUUACAACUGUGACACUCCACCGCCACUCGGAAGCCGGCAGACGAUUCCCCUGGCGCGACCUCGCCUGGUUCCUGUGUUCUCCCUGCUCUGUAUUCACGGUUAGGGCUUUGCCCCCAUUAGAGCGCAGCGGCGACACGGAUCAAAUGUUCGCUGAGCGGAUACGACAAGCCCUAGCAGAAAAUUUGCAGGUGGAAGCAACUGAAGUGAACUGGGAGGACCUGCGACGCGCGGUGUUGCCCAGGGCACCUGUACCGCGCACUGGCCCCUCGUCGGCCGUGUCGAACGAGCGGAGCCGACUGGCGAGACAAGUCAAGGAGGUACUACCAAAUGUGCCGCUACAGGAUAUUAUGAAAGAUUUGGCGAAAACCCGCAGUGUCGAUGUGACGAUAACGAACUUCUUGGAGGGGCUCACACCCUACACCCCAGAAUAUCCGGCCGCGAGUGAACCCCAGCCAUCCACUUCCGCCCCCCAGCCGAAGUACAUAACCCCUCCACCGACGGGAGUCUUCCCGAAAACUGCCAGGGAACGACAGAUGAGCUUCCAAGAGCGAAAGGCGCAAAUGAUUGCGGAAGCGAGACAGAGAUAUAUAGAGAAGCAUGCCAUCUCGCUCGGUUGCUAA